AUGAGAAAUGAUAAUAAAAAAACCAAUGCGAAUAUAACAUAUUCACUUGAAGAAUGUAUUAAUUAUAUUGGGUUAGGAAAAUUUCAAUGGCGUCUAAUUGUUAUACUCGGUUUUUGUUCGAUGGCCGAUGCAGUAGAAAUGAUGCUUUUAGCUAUUCUCGGACCAGCAUUAACAUGCUAUUGGCCUAAUGUAACUGAAAUUCAAAUAGCUUCUUUAACUACUGGUGUUUUUGCUGGUAUGAUGUUUGGAGCAUUUUUAUUUGGUAUUCUAGCAGAUAAAUAUGGUCGAAAACGAGUCGUUCUUAUAAGUGCAAUAUUAAAUACAUGCUUUGGAAUAUUAACAGCUUUUACACCAAAUUAUUAUUGGUUACUUUUAGCAAGAACACUUGUUGGUUUUGCUUUAUCAGGUGCUGCUCAAGGUUCUACAUUAAUGCUUGAAUAUUUACCAUCAUCUUUACGUGCAACAAUUAUAAUUGUUAUUGAAUUGUUUUGGUCAUUGGGUAGUAUUUUUGAAUAUCUUAUGGCAAUGAUUAUUAUACCAACAUAUGGAUGGCGUCUAUUAACAUUCCUUUCAGCUUUACCUAUAUCAAUUCUUGCUAUUUGUAUGUAUUUUGUACCAGAAUCACCUCGAUAUUAUGUUGCAAGUGGUCGACAAGAAAAAGCUGAAGCUAUAUUGACAACAAUAUCUUUAACCAAUAAACAUUCAUUACCACCAGGCAAACUUUUAGAUAUUAAUGCCAAAGAAGAAUGUGGUUCAGUAAAACAAUUAUUUCAUGCAAAUUUAAAACGAACAUCAUUUUUACUUGCAUUUAUGUGGAUGACAGUAGCGAUGAGUUAUUAUGGUUUAAUAUUAAUAAAUACAUCAUUAAUGACCUUACUUAAUGAUCAAAAAACUUCAACAAUUGAAUCAAAUCCAAUUAAAACGACUCAAUGUAAAAUGUUAACAACUGAAGAUUAUAUAUCAUUAAUAAUUACAACAUUUGGUGAGAUGUUUGGUAUACCAUUGUUAUUAUUUUUACUAUCACGUUUUGAUCGUCGUACAACAUGUAUGAUUAAUUUUUCUUCAGCAUCAUUUUGUUUUAUAUUAUUUCUUAUACUACCUCGUCAUACACCAUCCAUUAUUAAUAUAAUAACAUUUCUGGCACGAAUGUUUAUUAAUUCACAAUUUAGUUUAUUAUAUCUUUAUACAAUGGAAGUUUAUCCUACUGUUAUACGUGCUAUUGCUGUUGGAUGUGCAUCAUCAAUGGCACGAAUUGGUGCAAUGAUAACUCCAUAUUUAGCCCAAGUUUUAAUAAAACAAACAUUUCAUGGUGCUAUAGGUGUUUAUGUGUUAGCUACAGCUAUAGCAGCUGUUUGUGGAUUUUUAUUACCAAUUGAAACAAAAGGAAGAGAACUUAAACAAGCAACAUUCGAUUUGCAUAGUUCAUCAACACCAUCUAGUGACAUCGGUAUACCUAUAUGGAUGAUAACUCUUGAUAAUAUAACAUCACCAGUAAAUACUGAUAUUGGUAUUGUGAAUAAAGGAUAUGAAUCAAAUAACGAAAAUACAAAUGAGGAGAAAUUACAUUAA